AUGGCAGCUAAAGGAGGCGGUAACGCGAAAAAAGAAUCAGGCAAAGCCAAAAAAGCAGCCAACGAAGAUAAAAAAGCCGGUCAAGCCGCUGCCCAAGCCGAAGCAGCCGAAGCAGCUCGAUGGGAAGACCCGGCAGGCUCCAAAGGCAAAUCCGCCGCCGAAAAGAAAGCCGAGAAAGCAGCCGAAGCAGCUCGCAAAGCCGAAGAAAAGAAACGUCUUGAAGCAGAAGACGAAGCUUGCCUCCCCACGGCUCCUGUCAAAUCAGCCAACAAGGGUAAAGGUGCUCCCAAGAAGUCUGCGCUCAAAUCGGGCGCUCCUACUGGUAUCGAUGGUGCCAUCGCAUCUUUCUCGGCCGACAACUUGGAUGAUGCACUGGAUGCGAUGAGUUUGGUGAACGAGAAAACGGAUAAAGCAGGGAAGGGCGCAGCAGCAAGUCAGAUUGAAAGACAUCCAGAGAGGAGGUUCAAGGCUGCAUUCGAGGCGUAUAAGGAAAGAGAGUUGCCGAGGGUGAAGGAGGAACAUAAAGGGCUGAGAUUGCAGCAGUAUCAUGAUUUGCUGUACAAGCAGUUUCAGAAGCAUCCGGAUAAUCCGUUUAAUCAGCUGAGUCUCGCUUAUGAUGCGACCAAGGAGGAUAAGCUGGCUGCGCUGGAGAUGAAGAGAGGGGAGAAGGAGAAGAGGUUGAGGGACAACUAA